AUGUUUGCAUCCACCGCGUGUUUGGUUUUUGCCCUGUUCUACUUUCAUCCGGCUGUUGCUACCGACACCGAUUUCAACAACGCCACCAUUGCUGUGAACUCGACGGAGACCUCGACAGACAACUCGACCGACCUUCUCCGUCAAAAAAAUGGAUUUCCGCAUCGCUUUUUCAUUGCAGCAAGCGAGAAUGCCACAACUCACUUCAAAUUGAGCAACAAAGGUGGAAUCAUCUACACUAUCACUAUUGACCUCCUGUACCGUGAGAUUGCUUGGGUUGGAGACCACGAGAUCUACCUGGUUCUCAACAUCUCUGAACCUGGAGCGGCUGCCUUCUUGACCAGAUGCAACGACCAUCCGAUUAGCUUAAAGCCGAAUGUUGUCCUCCAGGAGUACAAGUUGAGCAGAAGAUGCUUGGAUGUUGACAACGGAUGUUUAAAAUUGCACGUGAUCGCCACUGAAGGAGCCGUUGAUGGACAGAUCUCGGUCACGGCUAGAGCUAACAACAGAUGGUCCCACCUUCACAUCAUCCUCGCCAUCAUCUUCUUCUUCACCCUGUUCAUGGUUCUCUUCCGUCAAUUUUCCAAUCAUAUUCUCCGCAUCGUCACCUCCUAUACCGUCAUGGAAGAGCUCCCACAAUGUCAACAAUAA